AACGCUAUGAGGAAACAUCAAGAACAUUCUAUCGCAAAUUAAUAUAUCGAUUUCGAGUCGUAGUACAAGAUGAACAGGUAGAAGUACUUACAUCAAUCAAGGCAAAAAAAAAAGAGGACAAGAACGAAGUGAAAGAGCUCAAGAACAACAUCAAUCUAGAAGUACGUGACACUCAUGCCAUGCCAAGUACAACUACGGUCCACACUUAAUACACCAUACGAGGAGGCCCCAGUAGCAGUACUAGUAGCUGAACUUCAUCUAUCUAAAGAAGAAUCGAAGUCGUGCUAGAAUUUCUAUCUUAUCAGUCUGAUCACGAGGAUCAUCCUAAACAUCAAGAUAAUUUCGGGAUCGCGUACCUAAGGCCAAGCCGGAUGCAAUGUGCAGGUCCGUGUUUCUAUUGAACAAACAGAAACACGACAACUAGUCUAAAUUGAGUUACUUAAUUCUAUUAUUAUUUGGCUUAGGCAUCAAAGACAAACAUAGAAUGAAGACAUUGAAUAAAGUGUUUAGGUCAAGGGCGGGAGGUUCGCGUCAGCCGCAUUUCUUGGAAAGAGACACGCAUAUCUCUCGGCUGUUGUUUCGAUUGUGUGCUUCCAGAAAUGGGGGACGUGACAGACACUCCAGCAGCAGCCGUCGAUCGACUGUCCGUCUAAAAGAACUUUUCUCAAGUAUCUUGCUCCUUCUCCUGACAUCUUCAGUCUUUGAAAUGCAUUCAAGGCGAGUAUCAAGCAGUCAAGCUCCUGGCCGAGCAGAUGCAGCAUCUGAUGAUCCUACGAGUACGCUACCAGCAAAUCGAUCGGGAGCUACACGUGGUAAGACGAACUCGUCCAAUGAUCAUGAGGGUUCGCAAUCCUCGUCGCGCGAGGCUUUACUCCGAUUUCCGCGGAGUGUCAGUGGAGCCGCUGCUGUGCCGACGAGAGAUGCUCCCGAUGUAGACGCGUUUGGAUUCGAUGUCCGCGACAGAGGGCGCGCAAGAUCUGCGCCGAGUGCGCAGGGCGGAGUGAGUCAGCAAGCCCUACAGCAGCUUCGGGAAAGUCGAAAACUAAUGAAGCGCUACGGCGUCCUGCGGCGUGCUGAGGGAGUCCAAUAUUUAAGAACAGGAAGUCGCGAUUCUUGUCUUCCUGCUCUAGUGACGAAUUCUGAGUGCCAAGAACACGCAGUCGCAUCUUCAUCUGGUGCGGUUCAGGACACGACACCGGAACUGCAGCCAGCAAAUGCAACGACCCAACAAGAGCAGCAGACGCUACCAGAUGCGUCUGCAGUACAUCAGUGUCACGCUCCAGCUUGCAGAGGCUACACUCCCACAAGGUUUAACGAAACUCGAGGAUGCUUGAUCUGUCUCGGCUCUGGGGAGUACUGGCGACCGUUAUACCCACGUUGCCAUGCAGGGGACCACGUUCCGCAGGACGCGCAGGAAUUCGCUGACACUUUUUUCCUGCAAUCUUCUUCUCUCUGGAGCUUUUUUGUCAGGUGGUUUCUGCGGGCCGGCGAAAGCGGCAGCGGCUCUCGCAUCCUCCAUAGUCGUGUUAUGUAUCAUUCAUGA